CAUGGGGAACAGUGGCAGCUAUAUAGCACAGUCUUUUCCUCCCAGCUCUAAAUUUAUGGUUCGAGAUAUCCCUGAUUUAUCCGGAUGGAUAAUCAUUGUAACAGGAGGAAACACGGGCAUUGGCUAUGAAAUCAUCAAGGCUGUUCUUCUAAAAAAUGCAAAGGUUUACAUGGCAACGCGGUCAAGUGAAAAGGCAGCUGUGGCUAUAGCCAGGCUCAAAGUAGAGACUGGAGGAAAGGAGGCAAUAUUCCUGGAGCUUGAUUUAGCCAGUCUGUCAUCCAUUAGAAAUGCCGCCAAUGACUUCAAACAGAAAGAGUCAGCAUUACAUGUGCUCUUCAAUAAUGGAGGUGUAAUGAACACCCCAAUUCAGUUUUUAACAACUGAUGGUUAUGACCUUCAGUUUGGGACAAAUGUCAUCGGACACUAUGUUCUCUUCAAAGAGCUUCUUACACCUCUUCUUGCAGGUGCACAAAGUUCCCAGGACAAGAAAGCACGAAUUGUGAACAUGUCUUCUUCAGCCCAAAUGUUCAUCGAUACAAUACAUUUUGACACAAUCAAGGAUACACCAAAGCGAAGAAAGCUAGGAUCUGCGAAACUUUAUAUGCAGAGUAAACUGGCAAACAUUGUCCUUUCAAACGAGAUAGGGCGCCGUUAUAGCUCUGAAGGCCUAGUCUCUAUAAGUCUCAAUCCUGGAAACAUAAGAACGGAUCUACAAAGACAUACACCCUCAGCAUUCAUGUUACUUUUUGGUUGGCUUUUCUCACCAGCAUCAUUGGGUGCUUUAACUCCCUUGUAUGCUGGAGUAUCAAGUGCUUCAGGUGACCUCAAUGGCAAAUAUCUGAUUCCACGGGCACGUAUUGGAAAAAUGCGCCCCGAAGCCAGUGAUCUCAGUGUUGGGGAGAAAUUGUGGAAAUGGCUAGAGGAUGAGACCAAGAGCUAGUACAAUAUUUAGUAUCAACACACUUGUCAACAUCACACAAGGUAU